CCACUUCAAACGGGUGACUUGAAAAUGGUACCACAAAAGCCAAGUCUUCUCUGAGUGAGUCUGUCAACUCCAUCUAAGAUUCAUUCACACUGAGAACUUGGUUCAGCAGAGUCCAAACUCUCAGACCCAAUUCAGAAACAAUGGUGGAGAGCAAGACUGUGCACUCACCAUUGGUGACUUACGCUUCCAUGCUUUCACUGCUUACACUCUGCCCUCCAUUUGUGAUUCUACUAUGGUAUACAAUGGUACAUGCUGAUGGCUCUCUUUUACAAACUUGGGAGUACUUGAGACAAAAUGGGCUGCAGGGGUUUAUAGACAUAUGGCCAAGACCUACUGCUAUUGCCUGGAAAAUCAUUGCAUGUUAUGGCGCUUUUGAGGCUGCACUUCAGCUGCUUUUACCUGGAAAAAGGGUCGAGGGACCAAUAUCUCCGGCUGGGAAUCGGCCUGUGUACAAGGCAAAUGGUAUGGCAGCAUACUUUGUGACAUUGACUACAUAUAUUGGCCUUUGGUGGUUUGGGAUAUUCAACCCUACAAUUGUUUAUGAUCAUUUGGGAGAAAUAUUUUCGGCCCUCAUUUUUGGAAGUUUGGUGUUUUGUGUUCUCCUAUACAUAAAAGGUCACUUGGUGCCAUCUUCCACAGAUUCUGGCUCUUCUGGGAAUGUUAUAAUUGAUUUUUACUGGGGCAUGGAACUGUAUCCUCGAAUUGGUGAACACUUUGAUAUCAAAGUUUUCACGAACUGUAGAUUUGGAAUGAUGUCCUGGGCCGUUCUUGCAGUGACCUAUUGCAUAAAGCAGUAUGAGUUGAAUGGGAGAGUAGCUGAUUCAAUGCUCGUAAAUACUAUACUGAUGCUGGUGUAUGUCACAAAAUUCUUCUGGUGGGAGGCUGGAUACUGGAAUACAAUGGAUAUUGCACAUGAUCGAGCGGGAUUUUAUAUUUGCUGGGGUUGUUUGGUGUGGGUUCCAUCUAUUUAUACCUCACCUGGCAUGUACUUGGUCAACCAUCCUAUAAAUCUCGGCAGUCAGCUAGCACUUCUUAUUUUGGUUGCGGGGAUUCUCUGCAUAUACAUCAACUAUGAUUGCGACAGGCAAAGACAAGAAUUUCGCAGAACAAAUGGCAAAUGUUUAGUCUGGGGGAGAGCUCCAUCAAAGAUAGUUGCUUCAUACACUACACAAUCUGGGGAAACAAAGACAAGUCUUCUCUUAACCUCAGGAUGGUGGGGUUUAUCUCGCCAUUUCCAUUAUGUGCCAGAAAUAUCAGCUGCCUUUUUCUGGACUGUUCCAGCUCUUUUCAAUCAUUUUCUACCGUACUUCUAUGUGGUGUUUCUUACAAUCCUUCUAUUAGACCGAGCAAAAAGGGAUGAUGAUCGAUGUCGAUCCAAGUACGGGAAAUACUGGAAAUUAUAUUGUCAGAAAAUGUCGGCAUACGAGAAUGUUGUUGGUGGGAAGCUCAAGCUUAAGGGGAAGGCUCUGGAUGUGAAGGCUGCUGGAAUUAAGAAGAAGAAGAAACAUAAGAAACAUCAGGAGCAAAUAUCUCUUGUCAACCAGAAGGAGCUUGCAGCUGGUGGAAGUACAGAAGAGUUGACCAAUCCUGAUGAGGAAGAUAUGAAUGAUGACAACAGAUCAAGAGAGGAUGGGAAGGGUAGUUAUGAUGAGUAUCUCACACCUGCAGAGAGGCGAUAUAUAGAACAGAGAGAGCAAAUUGAUAAUCACAAGUUGGCCAAAACGGCUAAUAAAUCACACCGUGACAGAAUUCAAGAUUUCAACCAGUACCUGGCAAACAUGAGUGAGCAUUAUGACAUUCCUAAAGUUGGGCCAGGCUAAUUCGACGAAGUCUAUGAAUAUGAACACCAAAAGGAUCACCUGUCGCGCGUUUGUCAUUUCAAAAUCUGUUCAUGUGGACAUCAAUGUAUGUUUCAUUUUGUAUUUUGUAGUUUGUGCUUGACUAUAUGUAGUUUGCUAAUGACAUCUAUUUGCAACCAUGUUGUAGUACUUGUUUAUGUUUAGAGCCCUUCUGAUGUUUCGAUGCGCCUUUC